AUGGUCAUCAACUCUACUCUCCUCCUCUCGGAACAAGACCAGCAGGAUCACUUUGGCCUCACCGAGCAGCUCGAAGUCGCACUAGCAUUGAGCAACAGCAACAACCUCGGUUUCUCCCCAUACGACUCUCAUCAAGUACACCGCCUCUCGCCCAGCCGGUUUCCCUAUUAUUUUUCUCCUUCAUCAGCAGCAGUAUCAUCAACUUUCCCAAACUCCUCCUCCUCCUCAAUAACAGAGUCCAGAGGAGCGGCGGGGACCAUGUCGACCCCUUCGGACCAGGGCCAGUUGGAUCAGGAGCAGGAGGAGCAAUCCUUCAGAGCUCUGGACCUGUUUGCUCAGCAAGAUAUCGAUUUCGGCCUCCUCGUUCCCAGCAGCAACAGCUCUUCAGUACCUCCCACUAUGGGCGAUGGCAACCCAUUCGCUCACACUCACGCUUCCACUCCUUCUCUUCCCACUGUCUCCUCAUCGCCUUCGUCGUCGUCUCCCUUUGCAGAUCCACUCUCUGGGUCAUUCUCACCAAUUGAGCGGCUAGCAUUCCAUCCUGCAAAUUCCAGUAACCUUUCCUCCUUUCCUGGUCACCCGUUCAACCAACAGCAACAGCAACAGCAACCACAACAGCAACAGCAACCACAACCACAACCUCAACAACAACAACAGCAACAGCAACAGCAACAGCAACAACAACAGCAACAGCAACAGCAACAGCAACAGCAACAGCAACAGCAACAGCAACAACAACAGCAACAGCAACAGCAACAGCAACAGCAACAGCAACAGCAACAGCAACAACAACAGCAACAACAACAGCAACAGCAGCAACAUCAACAACAACCUUCAUCUCACCUCCACCAACCUCAUCCUCACCAACAGCAACAGCAACUCUUUUUGGGUCAAGAUAUGUCCAACCAGCCGUCCUCCUCGUCAUCGUCGUUCUCGAGUUCCCGGCCGCUUCUGCCCAUGCCGAUGACCAUAUCCACCUCCCGAUCGCCAUCCGAGUCCUCGUCACCUUCACCGUCAGGGGCUUCUUCUCCAUCAUCUCCUUCAUACGACGACAUCCUCCUUCCAGUGGUCGCGUGCGCAGCCUGCAAGAGGUCGCAUAUCAAAUGUGACCAUGGUCGCCCUUGCCUAAACUGCCUCAAGCACCCGUCCAAGGCUAAGACCUGUCGCGAUGCUGUCCCCAAACCGAGAGGACGUCCAAAGGGUGGAAGCAAAGUUGCGGCCGAGUCCCUCACGAUGGUCAAGCCGAUGCCGCAUGCCAUCUACCCUUUCCAUUCUUCUGGAGCGACGAUUAGCGGGUACUACCCUCCUUAUCCCACUCAUCCCCAUCUCCAUCCUCACCACCGUCCUUUGCAUCCUCAACAACAUCAGCAGCAGCAACAAUACCAUCGUCAACGUGCCAUGUCAUUACCACAGAUUCCACAGCACUUGCAGCCUUAUCACCACCUUAACCAACAGCAACAGCAACAGCAACAGAUUCAAAAUCUCCCGCCUACGUUUCUUUUGCACCAACAGCAACAGCAACAAUUCCAACAGCAGCAACAGCAACAGCACCAGCAACAACAACAGCAACAGCACCAGCAACAGCAGCAACAGCACCAGCAACAGCACCAAACAUACCAAAACCAGCCGCCCAUGAUGCAACAAGUCCAGCAGCCACCUGUCCUCCAGCAACAGCCACAACAGCAAAUGCACCAGCAGCAACCUACUGCCCCAUUGUUGCAUCAACGGACCUUCUCUCAUCCACAGCGACUGUCGGUGUCCGGGCACCCGGGUUUCCAGCCUUACCAGCCGACUGGUACAGUCCCAAUGUCGGCGACGGUGCCGAGCCUAUCGCCUCCUGUGGUCCCAGCUGUGCUGCCUGAUGGAGGAGGUCACCAUUCGUCAUCGGCCUCGUCGUCCUCUUCUCACUCGUCGUCGUCGACAACACCCCCUAUGCCCAGGCAGUCCAUCGUCCGUGCUGGUACCGGAGGAGGAGGAGGAGGAGGAGGAGGAGGAGGAGGAGAGGGAGUACCACCCCCUCCUGUUUCUCCUAUGCAGAUGCAGCGCCUUCCAUCACAGCCCCGUGCGGAUGCACUGCAGUUCCAGCAACAGAUCCAGCGGCAGCAACCGCAACAGAUGACUAUGAUGCCGCAGAAACGCUUCUACACACAGCAUCACCAGCAGCAACAACAGCUUCAGAUGCAGCAGCUUCAAUUCCAACAGUUGAUGCACAACCCUCAUCACCAACAACAGCAGUUCUCAAUGCAAUCGCCACCUCUUCCUCUGUCGCCUCCUCCUCACCCGCAGCAGCAGGUACAACAGGUACAUCAACAAGUACAACAACAACAGCAGCAGCAAGAGCCGCAGAUGGUAUUCCAACCGCUGUACCACAACCCACACCAUCGGAAUUUGAACAACAACCGCCUCCUCCGCCGAUCCUCUCUGCAGAUCCCUCUCUCCUCCUUCUCAUCCACAGUAACUUCGUCGUCGUCAGUGGUUGGAGGUGCAGGAGUACAGGCAUUGUCGUCGUCGUCUAACAUCCCAACUUUUCCGUCUUCUGGUUUGCAUGACGAAGAGAUGGCCGAGAUCGUAGAGGAGUAG